UACGAUCAAAAGAAUUUUUGUGGCAGGACCGGGCCGCUCCUCCCGGCUAUGUGCUCAGCCUUAUAACCACCACGAUGGAUCUUCCUCUCACCCCUCCCAUCCGUAUACAGCCUAUGGAAGAGCGUUCCGUAUCUUUAAAAACUACCGAAAAACUGCUUGAUGCUUUUCUUGACGAUUUUCAUGCUCGCACAAGUGCAGUGCAAGGUGGAAACACCAGUGUUUCAGUUCAGCUGCAAAAGUUGAAAGAUGCCCUUGCACAAGAAAAUUCCGGAAGAUAUAAAUGAAGCAUUCCUGGGAUAACGGAGUGCUAUGAUUUUGCAGUAGUGGGCACUCAGUGUCGAGAUAUCGUCGCUCAUGAAUCGAACACAAUCAACGCAUGUACUUUUUUGCUGCCACCUAAAGCAAACGUAUCCGAGUUUCUCGAGAAACGCUCUAUAUUUCCACUCCUGGUUUCCAGGGUGAGGCGUUAGAUCGGUAAUUCGUCCAAGAGUUAUGUAUAAGUUGUAUAGGUCAUGGUAUUCUGUCGUUUUUUUGAUCCAGGACACCAGGACACUUAUGUCCUCAUGUUUUCUAUUCGAACGCUGUCAGACGAAUCCGAUGCGAUAGUACUGCGG